UGUGUAUCGUAGGAAAGGCAUUCUCUUAAAAGCAAACGGCAGAGGGAAAGGAACUCAUUCCAUGUUUUCCAUGCCACACAAGAGCUUCAACUGAGAUCAUGUGCAAUCUAUGUGCUCUGAAACUUAAGGAUUAGUUACACAGAUACUGUUUUGACGUUUCUUAAAGAGCUUGUCAAAACUAGAACCUAUACAUGGUAAGGGCAAGGGGGCACUAGUUAUAUCGCAAACAAAACUCAAACCAAGUCAAGAUGUCUUUUGCCAUGGUGCGCGCAGCCCCCAGCAGGUUUCUUUACUCCGACAUCAGCAUGCUCUCGGAAGACGAAGAAAACGGCAGCGAGAGCUCGGGGUCCGACGAGAAGUCCUUCCGCCUGGACGACUCCGGCUACGAAAUCAAGGUUGGCGGCAAGCGGAAAUCCGGCAGCCGGCGGCCGCCGCCAAUCGUGGGCGAGAUCCGGCAGAGGAACGCCGCCAACGCCCGGGAGCGCGACCGGACCAACAGCGUCAACACCGCCUUCACGGCUCUCCGCACCCUCAUCCCGACGGAGCCCGCCGACCGGAAGCUGUCCAAGAUCGAGACCCUGCGCCUGGCGUCCAGCUACAUCUCCCACCUGGGGAACGUGCUGCUCGUGGGGGAGGCCUGUGGGGAUGGGCAGCCCUGCCACACCACUUCGUCCUACUACCACCACAGCAGCCCGGGCAGGGACAGCGAGAACUCCCAGCCCAAACAGAUCUGCACGUUCUGUCUCAGCAACCAAAGGAAAAUGAGCAAAGACAGAGACAGAAAAUCUGCCCUGAGGAGUUAAUAUUUAUUUGAAGGAAGAAUGAAGAAAACAAAUUCACCACAAAACUUGUAAAGAAAAUAACUAUAUUAAUAAGCAAGCUUUUUCAUGUCCACUUACUCUUGGAAAAGACAUGUAUUAGUUGUAUAUACAAACACUGAUUUAAUGUCUUAAACGGGAAUUUCAUCUUUUCUCAUGGGAUGAACGCUGGACUUCUCGGAAUAUGCCAGUAUGUGUCUGACACAGGACGUAUGGAUUCUUUUUCCGUUCUUCUUAGCUAAUAUAUUACAUCACAUUCUUACCCUGGGAGGCAGGCGAAGUGCAUGAAUUGUAAAAAAAAAAAACUCCCUCUGCUUCUAUUAACACCCCCAUUUGUUCCAAAACAUAAGUGCCUUCGGAGAACUAUUUACACUAGAUGUCUUAAAAGGGAAGAACUCGGUGGUCACCUCUGUUUCUACAGUACCUUCAUUCAAAACUCUUCAAAAAGGCUGCAAUUAAAACAAAAGGACCAAAAGGCGUGAGAGCAGAAUGGGGUGUAAGUACUGCAUAAAAAUUUACAGAAACCAGCAUCAAGCUGAAAUGUGACGGGAUGUCUUGGCUUUCUGCCUUCCGAAUACCCACCAGAGGCACCUCUGCAAAAUGGCUCUAAAAUUAAUUCUCGGAGCUGUAGAAGAGUCAAGAGUUUCAUUGCUGACCAUAUCCCCUCCAUCAAAGAGCACAGCUGAUCUCAAGCGCCUGAUGUGGUACGUUCGGGACACGCUUCACAGAGACUUUGGCGCUUAUUGAAGUGCAACCAAGACAACAGGAUCACCCUUUUGCUGCUCUCUAUUUCUCUCUUACCAAUACAUGCUGGAUUUUCAGGUCGUGGAAAUUGUAUAUUAAAAUGGUAAAUAUUAU